GGAUGGCCCAUCAGCAGGUCUGGGCGGCGCUCGAGGUGGGGCUCCGGGUGCCCUGCCUCUACAUCAUCGACGCCAUCUUCAACUCCUACUACGAUUCCAGCCAGGGCCGCUUCUGCAUCGUGUUUCAGAUCUUCCUCCGGCUCCUUGGUAUAUUUGUAUCCAGUGUUGUUCUGAUCUUGUCACAGCGAUCACUUUUCAAGUUUUACAUGUACAGCUCAGCCUUUCUGUUAGCUGCAACUUCAGUGUUGGUGAAUUAUUACGCAUCUUUGCACAUUGACUUCUAUGGUGCCUACAACACAUCAGCUUUUGGAAUUGAGCUGCUUCCUCGAAAAGGUCCCUCGCUGUGGAUGGCACUCAUCGUUCUACAGUUAACAUUUGGAAUUGGAUAUAUUACUCUACUCCAGAUUCAUUCCAUCUAUUCACAGUUAAUUAUUUUGGAUCUCUUGGUUCCUGUAAUAGGCUUAAUCACAGAGCUACCAUUACACAUCAGAGAGACUUUAGUUUUUACUUCUUCCUUGAUACUCACAUUAAAUACAGUGCUUGUAUUGGCAGUGAAACUUAAAUGGUUUUAUUAUUCUACACGGUAUGUUUACCUUUUAGUUAGGCAUAUGUAUCGAAUUUAUGGAUUACAGUUAUUGAUGGAGGACACAUGGAAGAGGAUUCGUUUCCCAGAUAUACUACGAGUCUUUUGGCUAACAAGAAUUACAGCUCAGGCUUCAGUGUUAAUGUACAUUUUAAGGAUGGCAAAUGAAACCAACUCCUUCUUUAUUUCUUGGGAUGAUUUCUGGGACCUCAUUUGUAAUCUUAUAAUUAGUGGAUGUGAUUCUACACUAACUGUACUGGGCAUGAGUGCUGUAAUUUCCUCAAUAGCCCAUUAUUUGGGGCUUGGAAUAUUGGCCUUUAUUGGAUCAACUGAAGAAGAUGACAGGCGGCUUGGCUUUGUAGCACCUGUUUUAUUUUUUAUUUUGGCUCUUCAGACUGGUUUAAGUGGGCUAAGACCAGAGGAGAGACUUAUUCGCUUAAGUAGAAACAUGUGCCUUUUAUUAACUGCAGUCCUGCAUUUCAUCCAUGGAAUGACAGACCCUGUAUUGAUGUCUCUCAGUGCCUCUCAUGUGUCAUCUUUUCGUAGACAUUUUCCUGUGCUGUUUGUCUCUGCCUGCCUCUUUAUUCUUCCUGUUUUACUCAGUUAUGUUCUUUGGCAUCACUAUGCACUAAAUACAUGGUUGUUUGCAGUUACAGCCUUUUGCGUGGAACUAUGCUUAAAAGUAAUUGUUUCUCUCACUGUUUAUACCUUAUUCAUGAUUGAUGGCUACUAUAAUGUCCUCUGGGAAAAGCUUGAUGAUUAUGUCUACUAUGUUCGUUCAACAGGCAAUAUUAUUGAAUUUAUAUUUGGAGUAGUAAUGUUUGGAAAUGGGGCUUAUACUAUGAUGUUUGAGUCAGGAAGUAAAAUUCGAGCUUGUAUGAUGUGCCUACAUGCAUAUUUCAACAUCUACUUACAAGCAAAAAAUGGCUGGAAGACAUUCAUGAAUCGUAGGACAGCUGUUAAGAAAAUUAACUCACUUCCUGAAAUAAAGGGGAGCCGCUUGCAAGAAAUAGAUGAUGUAUGUGCAAUCUGCUAUCAUGAGUUUACAACAUCUGCUCGUAUUACACCGUGUAAUCAUUAUUUCCAUGCACUUUGCCUUCGGAAAUGGCUAUACAUUCAAGAUACUUGUCCAAUGUGCCAUCAAAAAGUGUACAUCGAAGAUGAUAUCAAGGAUAAUUCAAAUAUAUCCAACAACAAUGGAUUUAUUGCACCUAAUGAAAACCCAGAGGAAAUUGUAAGAGAAGCUGCUGCUGAAUCUGACAGGGAAUUGAAUGACGAUGACAGUACAGAUUGUGAUGAUGAUGAUCAGAGAGAAAGAAAUGGAGUGAUUCAACACACAGGCACAGCAGCUGAAGAAUUUAUUAAUGAUGAUACUGAUUAAAAUAGCAUUUACUAAUCAUUGAGGUAUUUGUUUAAGAUUCAGUUCAUCUAAAAUGGAGUAAUAUGCUUCACUUCAGUGUGUAACCAAGCACAAAAACAGUAUCAAUGUUGAAUCUGUGAAUGGUUUUCCGUUUACUGUGAUGUGCUACUGUAAAUAUACCUCUUUAAUUACUUCUGGUCUCUUUGGUGACCUAUUUAAAUUUGUGUACAUUAUUGUACAUAGAAUAAAAUGUUUUCACGUUUUUGACAAUUUGAACAAACAGCUUUUUAAUAGAUAUAAUAAUCAUACGGUGCGUCAACUGUGCCAAAGAUUCCUCACUGAAAUUAGACAAUGUAUUUAACUCUGGACCCUAAUUUUUCUUUAAAAUGGGUAGGAGAAUGAAAACACAAAUCAGGAAACCACAUUAAAGUCAAAGAAAUCAAAUAAUUUGGAACAGAGGAUAAAGGCUAUAUAUAGGUAAUUUUGAAAGUAAACACCUGCCAAAAGCAAGUGAGAAAUCUUUUUAGAAUUUGAGUAGAGUGUAGUUGAGCUGGGUUUGAAAGUCAUGAUUCAGAGACUGAGAACUGAGCUUAUAUCAACUAAACUUUGUUAUCAACCAGAAUGUGCUAAUUAUUUAACUUUUAUGUACAAUCAUUGUAUUUGUUAGCCAUUCUGUCUUUGCAGUGUUGUCCUAAAAUUGAUUUUCAGACUUUUGAAGAGAUUACAAAAUGAAAAUAGUUAGGGAUUUUCAUUGUUUUAAAUUCAUGCAUUAAAUGAUAUAAAAGAUCCUGAUCUGAUUUUUAUGGGUAGAAUUGAGGAGGACAGUGUGCUGUGAAAUAUAAUACUUCAGACAACUUUCACGUAAUUUCUUUAUUGAAACUUUCAGUUUUACAUGAAAUUUUAUAAACAUGAUAGAAAAUGGAAGACAUUACCAAUUACAUGUCAGGAAAAAAAAUUUUAACGGUGUUGUUAUAUAGUGUAUUGGCUAACUCCAGUGGAUCCUCAUCUCUUACUGCUGACAUUAUCUCCAGUAUUUGACUAAAACAAAAACAAAAAUGGAUGGUUAAAUUUCAAGUUAUAUUUUGUUUUAAAACCAUUUAAGAACCAUCUGUUCUUCAUGUCAGAAAGAUACCGUACUAGUACCUUUAAUACAGUAAGUAAAACUUAACAGUUAUUAAGACUUUCAGUAGUCUCAGUAGAAAAAUUAACUUAUUACAGGUAAUAGACAAUUUUCUGGGGCCAUCUUGCACAUUACUAGCACCAAGAAAAAACAGGUUCAAGUAAGGUAUAAAACCACCCUUCUACAUGAUGUGCACCAGUCAUGAAGUUAAACUCAGUAGAAAUGAAGAGUUUUUUAAAACUGGGUCUUAACACAUCUUUAGUGGGUCAUGAUGAGCAUUUAAUAAAUUAAAAGAAAAGGAAAAGUAUAUUGCAUUUAGGGUAAGUACCAUCCAUUUUUGGUUUGGGUUUAUGUAUGUAUGUGUAUAAUGAAUCACAAUUUUAAGUUGUAUUGGGGGAAGAGCACCCAAAGUUUGAAAGCUGUUUAGAGAACUAGUUCUUUAGAGAGCAAGAAAUAGCUGCAUGAUCGCUAAAUACAAUGACAGCUGAUGAAGUUACUUUAUUAGAAUCACGUGGUUAUUGGAGUGUGUGUGUGAGGGUGCCUUUCCACCAAUUACUUUUUUCUUUGCAAGAGAAAAUAAUAGCACAGGUGUCCAGCUUUGCAUUUCUCUGUCUAGAAUGAUAUUACUAGUAUAUCCUAGCAGUAUUAUACAUAGGUAGAAUAUUUUUAUACAUGAAUUAGUUCUAAAUUCAAAAUUAAACAUUCUUUACUCUUUGUCUUUAGUUUUUGUUCCGUAAUGGGUAUUUAAAUGUAAACACCUAAAGGAAUUAGACAUAGGGAUUUUAGAUUAACUGGAAUUUUUUGUUGUUGUUCUGUAAGAGAGACACAAAGCAUUGUUUAAUAUGUAUACUAACUGAUUACACUAGUUUUUUUUUUGUUAUAUGACAGUCAAAAUACAGCAAAAGCAAAUCUAUUAACACUUUAAAACAGUAAAAAUCCAGUGUUCUUAGUAAAAUACGUAAGUUUCCUCUGUAUGGACUACUCAGAAUUGGAACUCUUAAGUAGUGCUGCUGAUGAUAAACCGUUCUGAAGUUCACAACAGCCUUGCUAAAGUGACAUUGUAUAGCAAAAUCAUUCUAGUCGCAUUUAGGAAUUACCUAUAAGUACAAUGAAGAUGACUAGAACAUUCCAUUUUGUACACUGAUAAUGAAGUUUGUUUUUGGACAACUUGAAUUCAAGCUAUUUCCAUAUAUAUGUUCUGUGGCCUAAAGUUGCAGUUACUCUAAAAAGAAUAUGAAGAAUUUAAUGACUUUUAUUUAAUGUGGCACUUCUAUGCUAGGCACAGGGCUUUAAAAUCUUCUAAGAUUGCCACUAGUCUCCUUCCGUAUACUGAUACCAGUUACAGCUUUACAAAUAAUUGCCACUCUUCUGCUUAAAAUCCUUUUGGUCCCGGUAAAGUUCAAACUAUUAACAUUAAGGUUGGCAUACAAGAGCCUUCACAGUCUGGGCUCACUCCUUUCCCAAACUACCUUCUUCCACUUUACCCCAUGCAUCCUACUUUUUGUCACACUAUUCUUCAGUGUUCCCUGGAUCAGUCAAGUCCUACAGUCUGCCUUUGCUCAAAGUGUUUCUCUAGCCUCGCUUUCCAUCAUGCUUGGAUGCAGCUAAAAUGUCACCUUAGAGUUCUCUCCUACUCCUCAAGACAGACAGUGGCUAUGUCUUAAAGCCCCUGCCAUAUAGUCAUACCUCUACAGUAGUACUACCAUCUUGGAUUAUACUGUAUCUGCUUGUUUUCCCAAGGAGGGCAGGGGUCCUUGACUGACUCUUUGAAUGCCUUAUCCAAAGUGCCUAGCACAAUGUACCAAUUCAUCUGGUGAAUGGAUGAGGGCAGGGACUGUCUUGAUUCUGUGUAGCUUUAGUAAUGUGUACCUCUUCUCACAUAAAGCAGGAGCCCCAAAAUGUCAGUUUCAAGGAAUUUAUAAUCUAAUAGGGAGGGGAAAGACCCCUAUGUAAUUAGAAUGUAAACUGUUAACAGAAUGGUGGGUGAUAAAAAUGACUUUGUGAAUGAGAGUUAACUUGCUAAUCAGGAGAUGACAAUAGAGUGGAAUAACAUGUAUACUGUUGAAACGUUUAAAAAUUUUUCAGCUUGCAAAUGUUGAUUUUCCCAAGCUUUUCCUACUUAACUGAGGAACAGAUAUUCAUCAUUACAGCUGAUACUGAAGCCUUCAUGGUUCUUAACAGUCUACAUUUAGAAACACCUUGAGAUUUUUAU